AAACCGAGAAAAAAAAAAACCAUCUUUCCGGGUGAGCAAACAGCUGAUAAGCGAAAACCCAAAAACGCAAUAUCGAAGACGGGAGAAAUGAUUUCCGUUUGUUCUGCUAGAACAAUUCAAGCUUCACCUUCUUCUAUUCAGUUGUUUUUCCCUCGAAAUCGUAGAAGAAUCACUCCAGAUGUUCUUCGAUUUUCCGUCAAUCUCUCCACUAGAUCCUCGGAUUACGAUGAAUAUGGUGAAGCUCAAUCCGAACGGAGAGCCAAUUUCGCCGGAAUCAGACUAGAAGAGACCGUGGACGUUAAUCCCGGUAAAGUUCGUCUUGAUUCUUGGAUAUCUUGCCGCAUUAACGGCAUUAGUAGGGCUCGUGUUCAGUCCAGUAUUAGGGCGGGACUAGUUUCAGUCAAUGGCCGAAUUAUCGACAAGGUUUCUCACAAUGUAAAAGCUGGGGAUAUGAUCAAUUGUACAAUUUCCGAGUUGCAACCAUUGAGAGCUGAACCUGAAGAUAUUGAUUUGGAUAUAGUUUAUGAAGAUGCACAUGUUUUAGUCGUAAACAAACCAGCACACAUGGUUGUUCAUCCAGCACCUGGAAAUGCGACAGGAACACUAGUAAAUGCCAUUCUUAACCACUGCAGUCUCCCAAUGGUUGCAACAUCAAAGGGGGAACUUCCAUCGGAUAUGGAUAUUUCUGAUGAUGAGUUCAGUUCCGUCGAAAUUUUUUCUAGAGUUUCUGAGGCACCUAUUCGUCCCGGUAUUGUGCAUAGAUUAGAUAAAGGAACUAGUGGAUUGCUUGUUGUUGCCAAGGAUGAACAUUCCCAUGCUCACUUAUCUGCUCAAUUCAAGCUACACUCUAUUGAGAGAGUUUAUAUCAGUCUUACGUGUGGAGUUCCUCCCUCAACUGCUGGACGUAUUGAGGUACCAAUUUGCCGUGAUCCGAACAACCGUAUCCGCAUGACUGCAGUAUCUGGAACAAAUAACAACCCACAUGCAAAGCACGCUGCUAGUAGUUUAGGCGUUCAUGAUGAAAAGUGGAAACACGGGACAUUUCACAGGUAUAAAGUAAUGGAAAUUUUAGCUCAAGGAGGUUCUUCAUUGGUUGAGUGGAGAUUAGAAACUGGCCGCACACAUCAGAUCCGUGCACACGCAAAGCAUAUGGGAAUACCGUUACUUGGAGAUGAUGUCUAUGGAGGUACUAAGAGCAUGGCCAUGUCACUGCUUCGAAGUAGAACAUCCUCUAGUUGUCACAGCCAACUUAUGCAACAUAUUUCUUCAUUGGAGAGGCCCUGUCUUCAUGCUCUGACUCUUGGGUUUGUACAUCCUCACACAGGGAAGAAUAUACGAUUUUCAUGCCCACCUCCAACAGACUUCGCUGAAAUUUUGAGUCAGCUUCGUGAAAUUGGCACAAAAAAGGUAGCCCUUAUUUUGUUUUCUUUCAUUUUGUUUACUCGAGUCAAGCUCUUUGCAUGGUAAUUGGUUAUUUUACAGAUUUAGCAUCCAUCCAUCAUAAUGAAGAACAAUACCAAAAAUGGCCUGAGGGCUACAAUUGACACAACCAACCUCAUCCAUCGCUACCUAGAUAGUAAUACGUGCCUCCUUUGUGCCCCUUUUCUGGCCGCCCCCUUGCCAUGUUAGCUAAUACCAAGUCUUCUCUAUUUACUAGCUAUACUUGACCUUGUUCUUGCGUUUGGAAUGACUAUUUUAUUGAUUUACUUUCCUUUUGUACUUCAUCUCUAACUUAUUCUACUGAACUUGAAAUAAAUUUAAGUUGUUUAAUGAAUGGGUGGGAAUUUAACAAUACAUAAAAUAUAUUUUCUAAAUGUUUAAAUGAUGUUUUUGGACAUGAAAUCAUUGGAGACAUGAUAGAUAUGAUAUAAUAACUAAAUAUCAGACAAAGAAACAUAAAAGUUCUCCUCCUACUUGCUUCUUAUAUGUAGUAUGAAUAUAGACCUUUGUUCUAGCUAUGCCAGAUUAUCUAUUGUUCUAGCUAUGCCAGAUUAUCUAUACAAGUGACGUAAUGGAGACAAAUGCCCAGACCAAUUUUGAACUCUACAUCAUCAGGAACUGUACAGGAAUAUCAUAUCUUGUGGUUAAUAUCUUGCAAGUCCAAUGCUACAUAGUGCAACUGAAAUAAUUUUGAGCUUUACGACCAUAUUAGAUGUUGAACAGUGGUUGCUACCAUACGGUUUUCCCGUUUAACAAAUAACAGUGUUAUGAUAAAAAGUUGCAGGUUACCAAAUCUUAGCUGGAAGCCUCCGGUAUCUGGCAAGUAGACUCAUAGUCAAAUGACUCGAGAAUGAGAGACCAAGAAGGGAAUGUUCCUGAAUGCUCAAUAACCCGUUAUUGAAAUUGAGAUGUAGCAGCAUGCAACAACGGCAUAAGGAGCAGUGGGAGCCCCACACAGUAUGGGUACUCCUGACGGUGUUUCUUUGGUCUAAACAAAAUCAUGUAAGCUACGUAGUUAGGGAUAUUAAUAUGGUAUUUGUAAGGGCAUAAAGAUAAUUAGCUAGAGAGUUAGUGUAUUUGGUUAUAAAUAGAGGGAGAGGGAUUGAGGGAAGAUAGAAAAUUGUUGAGUGAUUUAGGACUUUGGGUAUUCGGGCCUAAUAAAUCACUCAACAAUUGCAUACCUUCCCUCAAUCCCCAUUAUUUAUAAUGAAAUACACUAACUCCCUAACUGAUUACUCUUAUACUCUUACUAAUAUCCCUAACUCGGUACCUUACAAAUCGUGGCCUGUGUUAAACAUUUUCUUACUCCCCAUGUGCGAUGGAACCUCAUGUUCAACUUAAUAUUGAUGAUCAGCCACCAUUGCAAUUAAUCCAUGUGGUUGAAUAUUCAUUAUCAUUUGAUUGCAAAUAUUCUUGAAGGAUAUUACUGCAGUAAAUAGAGACUCCCUUGAGUGAGUUCAAAUUGGGAUUUUGGGAUAUUACAAGUUGACCGUGAAGAAGUGGACAAGCUCUUCUUUAGCAGGUUCAUCUGAUUUCAAUAAUAUGUUUGAUUUUGUAGAAAUAAUUUAUUGAAUUGAAGUUGAACUUGCCAGUAAUUUGAAUACUAGUAAUUUCCAGUGUUCUA